AUGGCUUCCGAAGGAGCAAAGCGCUGCUUUGCCACAUCAUCCCCAUAUGAAGAAAAGAUUGGUUACUAUCGGGCCGUUCGCCAUGGCAAUCAAAUAUUCGUUUCUGGAACUACGGCUGUUGAUCCCUGCUCUCCCGCCAAUGCGCCGCGAAUACUUCACCCAGAAGAUGCCAAACAACACACAUGUGUUGCUCUAGAAGGGUGUAUUCAAGCUAUCAGAGGACUUGGUGGCAAGGGCCCGGAGGAUAUAGUUCGUGUGAAGAUGUUCGUCAGUCGCCACGAGGACUGUGAAGCUGUGGGGCUAGGAUUUAGUGAGAUAUUAGGCAAGCACAAUCGUGGAGAACAGGGUAUGAUAGGAGCUGCUGCAACAAUGAUCGUGGUUAAUGGCGGCUUUGUACAUACAUAA